AUGAAUGAUGAACUGGAAUGCUACAUAAAGCAAAAGAUCACUUCGUUGUUGAGGAUUGGAAGCAACGUUUUUGACUCUCUCAUACAGGAAGGAAAGAAUAAAAACGAUUUAAAUUACUUCUUUCUAUCGGCACCUGUGAAGAGCACUUUGUUUUUCGUGGUACAUAAGUACACGUACGAGGAUGAGACGGACGAACUGAGCAACCCGGACGAACCGAAGGAACCGGACACACCGAACGAAGUGAUACAACCCUUACGAAAUGACAAAGAACAUGACACAGAAAAUCAUAGUGGGGAUACACAGCACGCGGGAAAGAAUAAAGCAGAAGAACCAAAGGAGAAAAUAAUCAGUCACAACCAUGUUGAUGAAACUGACAAUGCAGUGAAAGACAAAAGCGAAGAGGGGGGAAACAUCGAACGGGCAGAAAAGCGAAAGGAUGCUAACCGCGGAAGCACUCAAAUAGCAAAUGAUGAACGGGAGAAGGCGCCAAAAAGCGAGACAAAUGGCAUAAAAGGAGACUAUAAAUCGGAAAUUCCAUACCCAUCAGAAGAAGCGAAAAAUAAUAAAGUGGAGGCAAAUCUAGAGACAAACAUAACCGAGAAACACACCGAGAAUGCCAACAAGCCUAUUGAUAAUUCCACACAUGGAGCGAAUAAGGAGGAUAAAAAGGAGGAGGCGUCCCCAAAGGGGAACCCUCCCUCCGAAGAAAAUAAAAAUGAGAAAGAGAAGAAAACGAAAACACGUUACACCUUAAAAAUGAGUUUUGGCCAUAUAGAAGCGGACGACGUGGAAAAAGAAACAGCAUCAGAAGCAUCCAACGUCCUCUCCAAUACAGCAGAGGAGAAACAGAAAAAGAAGAAGGAGGCAACCAAGCAGAUAGUGUACUUCUUAAAAAUUAAAAGUGCCCCAAAUGAUCAAAGGCACGAAAACCUGGACGAAUAUUUCAACACCAAUUACACGUUCGGAAAUUUACACCACAAUUAUAUUAACAAUUUGAAGGCUUACUUUAAAAUCUUUUUUAUCCCCUUCUUUCAAUGUUUACUAAAGAAAAACGACGUGUUCGAGUACAUCGGGAAGGAGACAAACCAAAGCGUAAAGAUUGACCAAAUCCUAAGCAAACUACAGCACCUUAGAAAAACGGAAAUGCUGACCAGCCAACUAGAUGACACAAACGAAUUGAACGAAAAUAAAUAUUUGAAUAUCAUGGAGAGAGGGAAACACACAGAGCAGAUGAACGAAUUCGGGAUAGAGGACAAGGCUGUGAAUGGGGUAACAAAAAGUAAAAGUGCCAACCGAAGUUACCUUCCAACUGAGGAUAAAAUCCGAAGGAAUGGAAUCCACCGUGGUGUGACAAAGAAAGAGAAAAAUUUCCUCAAAAAUAAAAACCUGCUGAACUCCUUCUACUACCUUCUAAGCUAUUACAAACAGAUUUUGAAGGUGGAACAAAUCUCGUACAACGAAAUCAAUGCAGACAUAAUCAAACUUAAGGAUGACACGAUUAACAUUAACAAUUACCUGAGAAACAUUUCCAACAUAAUAAAAGAUUUUAUCAUCAAAGAAAAGAAAAACGAUUCGAAGCGAAAAAACGACAAGACGGCAGUGGAGUACUGGAAAGAAAGAUACCACAGAAUCUACAGCUUAAUUGAAAAAAUUAACAGCAAAAAAUUCGAACAAAUUAUAGAAAAUAUUAAGGGAAAAAACUACAACGGAGAAUUGUGCAACGAAAUAAAAUUGCUAAUCAAGGAAGUGGAAAAUAUUCACAUGGAAUCGUUUGAAAUGAUCAAAUUUAGUAAAAUUUUGGAAAAUUCUUUUGAAACUUUAAAAUGUAAUCAUAUCAACCAAAUGAAAAAUGGCAUCAAACUGGUCAUUCGAAAGUUAAAAAAUAUAUGGCUAAGUUCAAAAUAUUUCCGAAAAGAUGAAAUUAUAAUUGCCUUCUUUGUCAGACUCUCCGACAUUAUAUUCGAAUUCAUCCUUUUCCUAGCCAUCAAGGUGAAAAAAAUGAACAAACCAAAGAGAAUAAAAAAGGUCAUUUCCAAGUGUAUAGACAUUUUAAAGUUCUACGAAAAGGAAUUCAUUUACGUCAAAUUAGACAUCGAAAUUAUCGAUAUUCGAAAAAAUUGGUACUUUGACAAGAAUGUUAUCUUCAAAAAUAUACGGCACCUCCAACAUGUCUUGGCUACGCUAUACACCGUUUACUCAGAAAUUAUAUACUUCACCGAUUUGUGUCUUCUAAAGUUGAAAAAGUUGGUGAAUAACAAGCACAUUAUGAACAGCAUCAUCUUAGAAAUCAACAAGCUGUACGAACCGUUUAACGAUGUACUUAAGAAUAUCUACCAGUACGAUGACGAGUCAAUUAUGCAACUGAUGAAAAGGCUGAAUGAGCAAUGCUUGAAGAUAGAAAAAAAAUGCAUCAAAAUUAUUAAUCUCCAAUUUUCCAACCUGCGGAACACAAAAUCGACGUACCUCUUAGUGGAGAAGUUUCAAAACUUGAAGAAGAGUUACAAAAUAGAUAGACUCCUCAUUAAGAAGCUGUACGACAUAUUAUUUCUAUACAAAAAGGAACUCUACUUGUACAUCGACCUGUUUAAUAACAUGUGCGCAAACAAAGAUCUGGACAUUUACAAAAAGUUCCUCUUCUGUUUAAACAUCUACAAAAAGAUAAAGAUGCCAAUUUUAAUAUUCAAAAAUAAUACCUAUAUUACUACCUCUAAUGAGUACAAAAUUAUUGUUAAACUGUACGUCAACUUUUGCAAAAAAAUGUUUUCCUAUAUCAUCGAGACGUACGUCAUAUGGAAGAACAAUUCACUCUCUCAAAUGAACAAGUUUCUCUCUUCCAACAUAAUUACCAUAAACAAGCAGCUGAACUUUUUUUACGUCAUCAAUUUUGAUAGGACCUUCUUUAAGACCUUAUACGAAUACGCCUAUAUUGAAUCGAUGUACGAUUUUUACACACCGAUCGAAAUUUUGAACAUGUACAACUUAAAGAGAAAGCUGUACAGGUAUUUGUACGAGCUGAACGAAAUAAUUUUUUUCUUCAAAAAUUUUACUACCACCACUUCCACCAUUCAGCAGAAAGUCCUCAUAAAAUUUUUUCAGUGCUUCGAACAGAAACUCAUAUAUAUAUCGAACAACAUCAAUUGGCUAAACUUAAAUAUAGACCACUACAUAAACGAUUUAAAAAACUGCAAAAGUGUAAUCGAAAAUGUCCACGUGUCUCUCUCCUACUCGCUCAGCAGCAUAGACAAAAUUAUUUACAACAUGCAAAAUGUGAACCUGGUUAGGUACAUAGACUGGGGAAACAUGAAACCCUUGCACAUCCAACCCUUCUUCAAUUAUUUUGAAGAAUAUAGAAUAAAUCAAGUCGAAAAAAUUUUACAAAAAUACAAAGAAAUAUCACAAAUUUUAAUUAAAAUAGAACAGAUAGUUGAGAAAACCAAAAAGGGAAGAUGUGAAAUCAUGGACGAGCUGUACUACCUAUACCAAUGCAAAAUUUACAAGUGCCUAAGUCUUAUUAUUAUUAAAGGGUUAUGCAAUUAUGAAACGCUAAUUGAAAAUGAUUUCCAGAAAAAGUUCCUAGACAACUAUAAGCCUUGUCUCUACAUCAAGGAAGACAUUUAUUCGGAUGUUUUUCUGAACAACUCCAUUCAAAAUAUCUUCAAGUUGAUCUCUAAAUUGUUAACCAAUCUGCUUCUAACCUCUUCCGAGUUUAUCAGAUGGCUCGACUACUCAUGCAUUGAAGUGCCCAUAUCGCUCAAGGAAGACUUCGAGUUCCUCAAAAUGAAAUUCUCUUUCUACCAAAGCGUUAGCAAAAAUAAAAUUAUCAUCGACCGGAUCAUACACAUACAUCAGUUAAUACAAAACGUUUUCCAAAAGGCCAACAAAUACAUAUACAGCUUUAUGAAGUACGAUAAUAUUAUUAACUCCAUUGUUAGGACACAAAGCAGCUUUAAUAUUCACCAAAAUAUCUCCUACCCUCUCAUUUACUAUGAUAAUAUCCUAAAAAAUAUUACCAUAAUUCAAAACAAGAUUGACAGAGAAAACGACAAAAAGACAAUCCAAUUUAUCUCGCUAAACAUUUCUUUCGUCCUUAACUCGAUAAAGAACAAACUGCUCGACUCGAAGAAGUUCUUUUUUAACAACCUCCAUUUUAUAUUCACCACGCUGAAGUGCUCCACGCUCAGCGAAAUUACGAAAUACAGCGGCAUAUUGGAGACAUGCACUAGCUCUAUGGACAAGUACGAGAAUAUCAUAAAAACGAUAAACACGAUUAAGGCUGAAAAUAUAAACAUCGAAAUGAAUAUUCAAAAGACAGAGGAAAUUUACAACAUGCUUACCAUAUACGGUGACAACACAACAAAGGAGGAACAAAAGCAGAAGUUGCUUCUGCUGUACCCCCAGUACCUAAGUAUGCUCAACUCUGCUUUCUUCAACGACAACCUGAUGUUUACCAUAAAGCAGGAGUUUUACAAAAACACCAAGAAUAAGAUAACCGUGUUCGAAGAAAAGGUGAAAAGUAUUCUGAAAAAGUUUCAUAUGUUCGGCCCGUCCUCGGAAAAUAUCGACUUAAGCGAAGGAAUGGAAAGCCUAAAAAAAUACAUCAGCGACUUCAAAACAAUGGAAAUUGAGAAGGAGGAAAUAAUUAAAGCCCAAAUUCUGUGCAACAUGAAAAUUUUCCAAUUCGAAAACUUCUACCUCUUAAAGAACACCAUAAAGAUAUACAACUCCAUUUACUCCAUCUACAAUUCAUAUACUACUAGGAUAAAUGACUUCCUCGAUGUUAUAUACUACAAGCUAAAUAUUAAGGAAAUAAAUAAAUCCUUAAAGGAGGUGAAAAGCGAGUUGACAGAACUGCAAAAGGAUCAACCGGAGGCGAAGAACAUUUUGCCAUUCAAAAAAAUAAAUGAAGAACUAAACAAAAUGAACACAACGCUGAUAAUCGUGUAUCUUCUACAAAACACAAACAUGAAACUGACCAAUUGGCAAGAAAUAAUAGACCUCCACUUGAAGAGAAACAACAUAAAGGACCCAGUCACCUUUGAAAACACCAUCAUCAUUAACGACAAAAAUAUUAACAUCAAGUCGAUCACGCUGUACGAUAUGUACGAGCUGAAAAUAUACCUCUACUUUAACGACAUCAAGUACAUUAUAUACAAAAUUAAGGAAGUGGAGAAGCUGGAAAAACACCUGAACAAAAUUGAAAAUAAAUGGAAACAGGAGACACUAAAAAUUAUAAAAUGUGGCGACCACUUCAUACUAGACAGCAACAAAAACAUAUUUAAGAAUAUAAAAAAGACAUUUAACGAUUUGCACCAAAUGAGGAACUUAAAUUUCGCGCAAGAUUUAAUACCAAAAAUAACUCAUUUGCAGAACAAGCUGCUUUUCAUUCAUGAGCUCUUGUCCCUAUGGAUUCUGACCCAAGACAAAUGGGCUAGACUGGAACGAUUUUACAACAAUGAAAAUUUCAAUCACUUCAGUAACGAAAUGAAAGAUUUCGACAGAAUAAAUAAAACAUACGUUCAGAUAAUGAAAAAUGCGAAGAAAAAUCUCAACUUAUUCCACGUUUCUAACACUCAGUUUUUUUAUUUUUUGAAAAAUUAUUACGAGCGUGUGUUAUUUUUGUCAAACGAGACAAAACGCUUAUUGCAAGAGAAGAAAUUUUCCUUUCCCGAUUUUUUUUUCCUGAACGACGAGGAGUUGUUCUGCCUGCUGUCGGACACUGAGACGGAGAACUUGAAAAAAUACUGCUUCAUAAUUUACGAAGAACUUCUGUCCUUUAAUGACAUAGACAAAACGAUCAUCGAAGUCGUUACUACGAAAAAUAACACGCUGAAUUUAAAAAAUGGGGUGAAGAUAAUGGGGAUAGACACAUACGUCAUUUUGAAAGAGAAAAUCAAAAGCACCUUGAAGGAAAACAUCUUAUCGAGUUUGAAAAGCUACUACAACACUACCAAGAUAAUCCCGAUAAUCAUGAACAACGUGUCUGUCGUUUCCAUUACCGUCAUAAAAAUCAUUCUGAGCGAAGAAAUAAAAAACGUGCUUCAGCAGAAAAGUGUGGAAUACACCCAGGGGGUUCUGGACAGGCACAAAAAUUUGUGCAACGACAUAGCAGAGGAAAUAAAAAAAGAAAAAGAAAGAAACGCGCAGAAAAUAGAGCAAGCCUUAAUUAUAUACUUGGAAUUUAUCGACACGUUAAAAAAAAUCAUCCAAGAAAAUUUAUUUGAUGAAAACAAUUUCUUCCUGCAUUACCAAUUUAGAUACAGCUUUGACAAGAACAAGGAGCAGAUCGCAGUAAAAUAUGGCAACUACACUUUUAAAUACAACUAUGAUAUAUUAGAAAAUAAUAGACUAUUCAUAAACAUGCUGCCGAAUAAUAAGUACGUGUUUUCGAUAUGCUCCAAUAUGCAUAAGAGCUACUACAACAUCUUGUGCGGGAACAACAAAGCCUCCACUAUCCGGUAUAUCACAUCUACACUAGGACAAAGAACGUACUUCCUAGAUGAGAAAACACACAACAUAAGAAAUUACAUACUGGGUUCUAUUCAGAUGGGCUACGCUUUGGUCUUCCAAAAUGUGGACGAAAUGAAAGUGGAGCUAUUGUCCGUCCUCACAAACGCGUUCAGAUCUAUCCAAACAUGCCUCAAAAAGAAGGAGAAGAACAUCUACCUCUUCAGCAAAGACGUGAUAUUUAAUAGCAGCUCCGUGAUAUUCUUCACGUCAAAGUCGUGCAGAAGCCUCCCCAUCAAUUUAAGGAGCUUGUGCAGAGAAAUUAUCCUAAACAAUUGCCAACAGAUCGAAAUCGUGGAGAUACUCCUCUACGUCAACAAUUUCGAAAACGUGAAAAACUUGUGCUUAAAAAUCUGUAAUUUGGUGGAGUACUUGAAUUUUAUUUAUUUCAGUUCUGAAAAUAAUGUGCUCAAUGACGUCAUCAACAUUAUAUCGUUGUGCAAGAAGGAAAAUCAAGAAAGGAAAACAGACGAGUUGCUAGCAAAAUAUAUUUUUAUCUACUACUAUGACAAGUUAAAAGAUAUUAAGCAGAAUGAGCUGCACAAUUUGAUAAAAAAAUUUCUAGACGUGGACCUGAAUGUGAAAUAUGAUUUGCAAGAGGGACGGGAACGACUCAAGGAGCUGCUAAAGCAGGAGUAUAUUUAUCUCAAAGAACACCUCUUCCACAAGUACGAAAAGGACGUGUACGUGCUGAAAGAGAAGCUGCAUAAUCAGUCCCUGUCUCUACUGUUCGGAAGACCCCACAGCGGAAAGUCGACACUGCUAAAAAUUUACAGCAAAUUGUACGGUCAUAAAUAUGGUUUCAUAUAUUUGGACGCCUUGUAUGAUUCCCAGAACCAUUUCAACGAAGCUUUUUUACGCCAAGUUAUAAAGAAGAAGCAGGAAAAGCACAAAGAAUACACACUCAUCAUGAACCUCAACUUUCUGAACCCCAUCAUAUACAAUGUGCUGUCCCUGGAUAACCUGGUUUAUCCUAAGAGGGAGAAAGUGGACGGAGCGGACCCAGAAAACGGAGUGAAGAUAAUAAUUGAGUGCAAAGACAUAUCCGCCAUGGAUCCAUACCUGAUGAACAAAAUGAACAAAAUUUCCAUCAAGGACAACACCAACAUUUACAACUAUUUUAAAAACAAAAGCUCCAAAUUGAUAGACGGCAUCCUUAACACAAACUUCUUCUUUGAAAAGAAACCAGAGAAUGAUAAAACGUCCUUAACUUAUAUGAACAACUAUGAGGAAAAAAAGAGAAUCCUCAUCGAAUUGUACGAUGAGUUGAAGUUAUUUUAUAGAAAUUUCUUUCUUCCCAUUUUUCAUUACAUAGAAAAGAAAAAAGGAAAUCAUUUUAACAUAAAUAAUUUUUAUAAAAAAGAAGACGUAAAAAAUAUCACCCUGGGUGAUGCUCAUGUAUCGCGCUCUUGUUUGUUCCAUACCAAUGUGGAGGAGAAAGUAAUCAUAAAUAAUUUCAUGGACAUUUUUAAAAGCAACAUAUUAAUUUUUUUAAGAGAACGGGAACUCAACCAGCUGCUACCCACUGAGGACGACAGAACAGGAAGUGAACAUAACGAUUUGUCUACUUUGCCACAAAUGGUAGAAUCACAAAAGGGCAUACACUGCCAGAAGGAAGCAGAACUAACUGAACAAAACUACGAGCAAUGCGUCACUAACGAGGAAUACGACUUGGAUAAUAUAAACAAAAAUUACAUAGAGAAUGUGUGUAUAUUACAAGCUGAAGCGGAAAAUAAUAAAAAAGUGGAAUUUCAUAGCAAGAAAGAAAUCUCUAAAAUUUCAAUCAUUAAAGAGAAGGCUCUUUUUAUUCUAUUAAGUUGUCUCGUUUUCUUGUUUAACAAUUUUUUAAAUGAUCAGGAUAAAUCUAACUUUUUUAUCUUCUUAAAACAGUUGGCUUCGUCUAAUAACGUCAACUUUGGCAGCAAUUUGGGAAGCUCUUUCUACCACAUACAGAAGGACGCGUGGAUUCCCAUCGGCGACUUUUUUAUGUUUUCUCCAAAAAACCACCUGGACGAAAAAUUCUUAAUAUUUUACGACGAAGAAAUGCAGAAUAGGCUCAACUCGAUUAGCUUGCUCUACAAGGGCGAGUCCAACAUUUCCCUGAUCGGAAGCACAAAAAACUGCAAAACGGCCAUACUAAAAGAAAUCGUGACCAAUCACUCCAAAAUUGACCACCUCAUGAUCGACGUUUUGAAACACACAAAUGUGUUAAAUUUUAAAGUUCUCUAUGAGAAAAUGACAAAAAAAAACGUCAAAAAGUACUUCCACCACUCGGUCCUUUAUAUCUGCAUAGACGACAUCCACAUUAAUUACGAAAAAGGCAACAACCCUUCCAUCGAAUUCUUGCACAAUUUGCAAAGGAACUUGUGUUACUUCGAGAAUAAAGCCCUUAGCGUCCAAAAUGUGAAGAGUAUAAUAUCCCUAAACUUCGAGCACAUGAAAAGGAAUAGCUACUACCAAUCUGUUUUCUAUUCUUACGCCUCGAUUUUUUUAAACAACAGCAGAAAGGGCCUAGUGGGUUAUUUUAGCGCGAUCGUCAAUCAUACUCUGAAGGGUGCAUUCCAGGGCAUACACACCAAGCUAGUAAAUUACAGCAUGGAUAUCUUCUUCAAAAUACACGAAGAUAUCAAUUUUGAGGAGAAAAAGGAAAACCACUUGCUGUUCACAAAGGAAAAUAUUUUUCUACUUUACCAAGACUUCUUCUACACCAAGUGGAAUUUUCAAAAUGAGCAGGACGUCGUCGCAAAUUGGUGUGAAAGUGCCGAACACAUCAUCCUCAAUAGGAUCCUCAAAAAGGAUAACAGAAAGGACAUUCUAAAAACGAUGAGAACCAUGGCGGGGAAGCAUUUUCAGCACCUAAACCAGGAAAGUUCGUUUACCUACUUUAAUUACUUUUCCAAAGAGGUACACGAAAAAAUCGACGCAGAUUCCCUGAAAGACGAAUUCGUGAGGAGUCUAAGCAGCUACAACAACCUAUACAUUAACACAAAAAUGUUCGUAGAAUUUUACUUCAGAAAUAUAGUACAAGUCCACAAAAAUAUAAGUAAAAACAUAAAUUCUUCGAUGCUCAUUUGUAUGAACAAAAAGAGAGCCAUCAUAUUGCUAAAUGCCAUUGCCUUCAUGUUGAAUAUAAAUACUGUACUGAUUAACAAGUCUAAUAAUUUGGAAACUUCUCAAGACAAAAUUAACUACUACAACAGAUUAAGAUUUAAGAGACACCUAUUUAUACUCAUAAAUCAUUCCUACCAUUUUGAUGAUUAUUUUUACUCCCUAAUUUAUAAAAAGUUUCCCUCUGCUCUCUUUGACAAAAAGGAACUUUUCCAUUUGUACACAAAAACGAAUUUGAUAUCGAAUGAACUCAAGUGGGAGAACAUCCAAACUAUUAUGAAAAAGAAUACCUACGUUUGUCUAGUUCACGAGAAAUGGUUCGAUCUUUACUCCAGCAAUUUUCAAAAUUACAAAAAUGUGUACAGCGACGUAAAUGUUGUGCACCUGGAUAGCUGGUCCAGGGAGGAGUACACGAAUUACUGCCACCUCUUCUUAAAGAACCACAAAGAAAAUCACUUCAUCGAUAAUAUACUGAACAACUUCAAAAAGAAAGCCAUCCUAAAUACGCUGGAAGAUGACAUAGAAAAGGAAGGCAAAAGCAUCGCGCUUCAGAAGAGGGAAAAGACAAAGGGGAAAAAUAAGGCCAACCAAAUUUUCAUCAACUCGGAGGAUUACAUAAAGAAAAACAAAAAACAUAACCCGAAGGUGGGCCAAAAUGAAAAAGGAAGUGAAGUCGAAAGGGAGAAUGUCCUUCCAAAUGAGGGAGAAAACCAGACAGGCGCUGGGGUGGACAGCACGGCAGACGCUCCAACGGGUGGAAAAAAAGAAGCGCAUCGUGGAACGGAAAAGGAGAGCGGAAGCGAACACGCUAAAGCAUAUGAUGAAAAUGGUGUGAUUCAUGAUGGCCAUGAUGCGGAUAACCAAACAGAAGGAAAUUUCCCCAAGCCGAAUGACGAAGAAAGCGAAACAGAUCCCCACGGGAAGCCAAACCAGGAUGCGGAGAAAACAAAAGACAAACUGAACAAAAAUGAUGACAUCGAUAAGGGAGUACCCGAGGAGAAGAAGAAGAUAAGAAAAGGAAAAAAAAAAAACCAAAGUGAAAAUGAAAAAAAAAGUGUUUCCAAGAAGAAAGAAGGGGAACAAAGCAAGAAGAAGAUAAACAGUAAUGGAACGAAGAAUGGAAAGGAAAAUGACAAGAAAAAGAAUCUUAAAACUAAUGAGGGAAAAGCCACGUCGGCGUCGCACAUUAAGGAAGGAAUACUUUCGUUGGGGCCUCAAACUACAGCGAGAAGACCCGGUGAUAAACUCAUCAAAAAGGGAAUAACAGGCAAAAACGGGCCUCCACCGAAAAGCGAAAUCACUGCUAAUUCGUCCAAACAAAACGAUGAAAGGAAAGAAAGACAACCCAUAGGAGGCCCCAAAAUGAUGAGAAAAGAGAACGUGCCGCUAAAGAGGGUAACCAAGGCUAACACCAAAAAGAACGGAGAAAGAGAUACACAUAAUCUGAAGGGCAAACCAACACAUAAGAAAGUUUCCCAAAAGACGGGCCAAAAAAGUAGCAAGAAAGAAAUGAGCCAAAUGCAAAACGCUAUGCCAAAAAAACCAAUGAGGGAAAAUACAGAAUGCGAAACGGGGGAGGAUACAAAAGACGGCGGAAGCGAGAAGCUCACGAAUGACGCAGCAAGAGGUAUCAUAGCCAGCGAUAAUAGCGAUGUCCACCGAGAUGAUAAACAGACGGACCAACCGAAAGAGGACCCAAGCAAGGACGAAUAUUAUCAAAGCGGAAAAGAUGUGGAGGGACAGGACAACGAGGAGGGACCUCAGAAGAAGGAACAAGACGCCCAUGAUGCGCAGGAAACGGCGGAGAAAGAUGAAACAAAAAACUCGGGUGAAGAUUCUUUUCCAAAAGGAGCAAACGAAGAAGCCGCAAAAAAUAAGGACUACCUCAAUUUGAAGGACUGCAACAAAAAAGCAAUGCACGAAUUGAACAAUUUCAACGAAGAAGUAAAUAAGUACAGUUAUUACAGCAUGAUUGAGACGCAACUCGAAAAUGUCGUGGACGUGUUCAUACAAGUAUACUACGAUUUGAAAAGCUUCUUAAAAAAGAAAAACUCCAACUUGGAUUUUAUACGAAUUAACAAGUACAACUUUACGGACGCACUAAUCAUGUUUUACAUUUUACUAAAAAAUAAAUUAAACUACAAAAAUAAACAACUGCAUAUGUUCAAAAUGGGGCUGAAAAAAGUAGAAAGCAUAUUCGAAAAUUAUAACAGCAUGAACGAAGAAAUACAGUCCGUUCACUCGUCCAUAAAGAAAAUCGAAGAAGAAAUUGAGCAUCUGCACAAUUCCAUUAAGACAUAUUCGAAGAUACUCCAAAACACAGAACAACAGUUUAACGCAAAUCAACAAGUGCUGAGCAAAGUCGCAAAUGAUAUUGACGAAAUGAUGGAAAGUAAAAACGAAUCUGAGAAACAAAUUGAAGAAGAAUGCAUCAAUAUCAUCUUCAAAAUUCAAAAUGUAGAAAGUAAUGAAAUUAAAAAUAUACUAAAAAUAGGGACUCCAGAUUUAACACAAAUGUGUAUAGCGAUUAUGAUAAACACACUGGUGAGGAACUCCUUCCUAAAUGAUAAUAACGACAAUUGGAAUUAUUUUAAAAAUUUUAUCGCAAAGGAAAACUUUUCAAAAUUUUUUUUCAAUUUCAAGAAGGAAAAUAUUACUGAUAAGCAGGUUAAGAGAAUCAAGGAAUAUAUGGCCAGAGAUGAGAUAGUCUACAGCACGAAGAAAAUCAUCCAAACGAACAACUUGUUUACGCACUUUUUCGAGUGGAUUACCUUCCUCAUUAAAUAUAAGGAGUACUACAAGAGUAGCUGCCAGAUGCAAGAAACCAUUUCAAAUAAUAAAUUAAAAAAAGAACAGUACGAAAAUGAAAACCAAAAGCUAAUGGAACAAAUGCACAAAAUAAAAUCCACCAUCAUAAACAACAAAAGGGAUAUACACACACAUACAGAAGUUGUUGAAAAUUUAAAUAAAAAAUUACAAAUAAUUAAUAAAUCCUACUUGCCCAUUUCUGAAAUCAAACAAUUUUUAGAAAAAAUACAAAAAAAAUAUAUCUACACGAUUGAAAAAAUUGAGAAUAAUUAUAAAUACAUCGUGUCAGAAGUUUUGCUCUUCUCCUUUUUCUUAAAUUACUCCUCUCCUUUUAACUACAAGUACAGAUGCUACUUGCUCAACAAAUGGAAACAAAUUAUAAAAAAAAAUAAUAUCCUCAUAAGGGAAGACAUCAAAAUAGAAAGUAUUUACUCAUGUGACAGCAUCGUCUCGUUCUUCAUAUCGGACAACUUCCCUAGGCACAUUUUUUACAUUCAGAAUGCGCUAAUCUCGCUUAACCAUUUCAGGUGGCCACUGCUACUGGACCAACAAAACAUCGGAAUCGAGUGGCUCAAAAAAAGUUACAGCAAUAACUUGGUCAUUCACAAUUUUGAUGAAAAUUUAAGCAAACAUUUAGACAUGUGCAUAAUAUACGGAAGAACCUUGAUCAUUCCAUUUUUUAAUUUCCAAAAUUUGUACAUCUAUGAUAAGAACAAUGACGAGGGAUUCAACUGCGAUGAUCGACACGAGGACAACUUCAAACGCGUGCGGGUGGAUCUCCUCGCCAAGAGAAACUUCCUGAAAUUUAGGCUAAACCGUAGGGAGAUCAAGUUGAAUUCCAACUACAGCAUCUUGGAGCCCGUCAUCGAGCGCAAUGUGUACUUGGCCAACGGGAAGUACUACAUCAACAUAGGCAAGAAGAAGCUGGAGUACAACAGCCAGUUCAGGCUUUUCCUCGUGAGCGACUCCAGCGACAGGUACUUCCAAGACGUGGAAGACUACGUAAACAUCAUUGACUUCCAGAUAGACAAAAACUUAAUAGUGAACAAAAUUGUAAACAUCAUACUGAAACACGAAGACGAAAAAAACGUCAUCAACUUUAACACGAAGAUUAGAAACUUCUACGAGACCAAACAGACGCUGAAGUUUCUGGAUGACGGAAUGAUCAUCGAGCUCUGUACAUUUAACCACAAAGCUAAUAACAACAAAAAUUUGAUGAACGUUAUAAAUAGCAACGUUUUGAAAAAAAUGGAAAUAAAGAAAAUGCUCAAGGAGUACAAACAGCAAAUUAACAAAAUUAAAAACUCUUCGGAAAAUAUAAAGCUCCUGGGGUACCGAUUCCAUACCAUUUACAAAGUGCUCCAGAAACAGUCCAGAGCAAAAUCGACUUACAGCUUCAACUUUAAUUAUUUGCUAAAUAUCCUGAACAACUUAAUUAAACACAUCAACAAGAAGAUGCUAAUUUGUAACUUCAAUCAAUUGAUAAAAAAAUUCACACACAACUGCUUCGUCUUCCUGUUAAACACGAUACAUAAGAAGGACCAUCUCUUUUUCAGCUUCCUCUUUUACUCCUCCUUAAUAUUCGAAGAAAAGAAGCUCCAUCACAUUGGUAGGUCUAUCAAAGUGGAAAAGGAAAAGUAUUACUCCCUCUUUUUACAAGUUGAAAAAAUUGCAAGCAUGAAUACACCCGAUGCGCUCUCUCUAAAAAUAGAGUGGUUAAAUGAGAAGAAGAAAAGACAGCUCCAAUUUCUGCACAGCCAAUCCCCAAAUUUCAAAGCGCUCAUUCAAGAUAUGAAGAAUAACUCUAUGGAAUACCUCAAUUGGUACAAGGACAAGAGGCCGGAAGAUAAUUUGUUCUUUCUAAAAAAACCGCAACUAGAGAAGUUAGAAACACUAGAAGUGAUUCUAUUUCUGUACAUUAUGAGGAAGGAUAGGCUCUACUACUACUUACACUUUUUGCUCUCCAAUUAUUUGGACUUGUCUGAAAAUAUGAACAGCCCUACCCCUUUGAAUCUAUCGAAGGAUCUAAAUUACAUAGAUGCGAAAACGUUUAUGUACAUUACAGAACCGAACACUUGUUAUGAUCCCAUUCUGCUCAAACAUAGAGGCACAAAAACGCUCAGCGUGGGAAAUAACUUCAAUACUGAAAUACAAAUAGUCAUAGAAACUUCCCUACAAAAUGGAAAUAAAUUAUUACUAGAGAAUUUCCACUUGAUAAAUUUCAACAUUGAAAAAUUUUACGAAAUUUAUAAUAGCAAAAAAAUUCAUUCCAAUUUUGAAAUGUACUUAACAUCAGAAAAGGGAGAGACUUCCAUUUCGAUUAUGAAGAAAGCCAUUAAAAUAUAUUCACACAAAAAUGAAUACUUAAAAAAUUUCCUCACAGAGUUGUUUCCCUACGUCCAUCAUAUGUAUAAAGACAAAUUAAAAAAUAACUUUGUAAACUCUUUCCUCUUUUCUCUUUCCUUUUUCCAUAGCAUUCUAUCAUCCAGAUGCAAUUACGAUAAUUACGGUUUUGAUCAACCUUACUACUUCGACGUGAAGGAUUUCGAAAAUACAUUCGACUGUCUCCUUGCAUAUUUGGAUUUUCUUCAAAUGAACGCAACGUUACCUGGAGGCUCUAAUUCGUGUACACCCACUUCUAAUCUUCUUAGUGAGAAACCCACCCACGAGCAGAAGUCUAUCCAGGAAGUGAACAUCAACUGGGCCUUCGUAAAGGAGAUCAUCCUAAAUGGGUACGGAAACAAAGUCAACGCCAAUGAUCGGAAGAUCAUAAAAAGCUACGUCAAGGAAUACUUCAACGAAUACGCGUUUAACGAGAAAAACGAGUUCGUCUACUCUGCCGAUGAAAACUUCGACUACAAAUUUGUAAUGAAUCGAUCCAUCAAGGAGUAUAUCAAUUUGGUUAAGAGCUACCCUCUCUUCAACAGCUGCAAAACAUACGGAAUGAAAAUCGAAGCUGACAAGAAGCAGCACGAACAGUACAACGAAAAGAUGCUCAAAAAUUUGGAAAAAAUCUGCACCGACGAAGUUUUAAUAUACAACAAAGAAAACAAUGACGGCGAUAUUUUCUUCAACCUGGACAGUGACUACUAUUCGAGUUCGUUACUCAACACAGAUGAUGAGCAAAGUGGAAAGUCCCCUCGAGGCGCAGAUAAACCAACUGCGUGUGCAAAAGAAUGGCUUGAAAAGGACACACGUGAAUGCUCAAACGGGGUAGAGACAAAUGAUGCCCUUGAAGUUGACCAUGCCACUCAACAUGGUGAUGGCCCAACCACGUCUGACACAAACGAUGAUACGAACGAUGACAAGAACGAGAAUAGGAACGAUGACAAAAACGAUAACAAUAACCAUGACAACAGCGACGACACAAAAUUCUUCACAAAGACAUACAGCUGGAGCCCGAGGGAGGAGGAAGCGGUGAACAGACGCAAAGCGGAAAAUAUGGACUUCCUAAAGAAGAUAAAAAAAAUGAACGAAUUCUACGAAUUGAUUAAGAAGCUAAAGUGCACAUUCAAAUACAGCAUCAGCAUUAAUGCAGAGUGGGCCAAAGGAAACAUAACGACCAUCCAAUCAUGUUGCGCAAACGAAACAGAGAAAUUUAGACGAAUUACAAAUUCCGUGUACAAUGAUAUAAUCAAAAUUGAGCAGGAGUUAAAUAAAAAUAAAAAAAAAAUCGACAAAGAGACGAAGCUAAUUAUGAUUUCCCUUUCUCUAAGUGAAGUGCCAACAAAAUGGAUUUCCAAUUUUAACAGAAAAAUAAAAACAAUCGACAGUUUUGUUACAUACUACGAAAACGUGAAGGAGCAGCUGUACUUUUGGAACAUCACAGGGGAAUUACGUUUCUAUAAUAUACAAUAUCUUUUCGAUCCGUUAAAUUUUUUUAAAGCCCUGUUAAUUAAAUUCAGUUUUGUGCAUAAAAAAAAAUUAGCAGACUGCAUAUUUUUGUCCAGCAUAAAUAACACCCUGGAGAUGAAAACGAGAAAGACUCCGCCCCAUUUUCAGAAAAAUUUCUUCUACAGCAGUGAUGAAGAGGACGCGUUUUCAUCCAACCAGAUUAACUACUCCGAUUAUGUCCACUACGAGGUGGAUUCCUGCUGCGACGUGGAUGUGUCGGGGUUGCACACACUGAACAACAACUUCGAAUGUCUGGGCGUUAUGUCAAGGAGCAACGAAAAGUACGAUGAAAUCCCGAUCGUAACCUUAAGCGUAAUCGAGCGAAGAGAAAAAAAUAUUCUCAAGGACAAAAAAAUACCGCUUUACCAGUACAAGUAUAACUCAAAAUGCAACAAAAAAAAUAACAAAUUUAUAACAAACUUAUAUUUCAAGUCGGACAAACACAAGUCAUUCAUUUACAUUAAUAAGGUGUAUCUGUUCGUUUAUAACUGA